CAGUAUUCGGCGAGCAGUUGAACCCAAAGGAUCUAGAGUGACUUUUAGGUGCAAUGUCCCAGGCAGUGAAGACGGAAACGCCCAAGGAACCAAAUGGUUUGGCGACCAAGGCCAAUGGCACCGCUGUCAAUGGCAAGCUGGAAGCCUUGAAGAGACCCAGACAUGUUUCCGGUGGUGUGGAGGAAAUCAUCGAUCCCUUCUGCAACCCGGAGAAACCGCAGCGCAUAUCCUUCCAUGAUGUCACCUCCGCUGCCUUUCUCAUCCGCGGUGGCGUGGAACGCACUCCUUGUCCGAAAUCCACAUCGUCGGAGCUAUAUGGCAUGGAGUUGUAUCUGAAAAAGGAUUUCCUGCAAUAUACAGGCAGCUUCAAGGAGCGUGGCGCACGCUAUGCGCUGCUAUCGUUGACCGAGGAGCAGAAGCGAACCGGAGUGAUCAGUGCCUCCUUGGGCAAUCACGCCCAGGCCCUGUGCUAUCACGGCUGGAAACUCAAUAUACCAGUGACCGUGGUGAUGCCCAAGGCGGCGCCCAUCAUGAAGGUCCAGAGGUGCCGCAACUACAAGGCCCGCGUCAUCGUCGAGGGAAACGACAUGGGCGAGGCCAAGUCCCUGGCCAUGCGAAUGUCCCGCGAGGAGGGUCUACUGUACGUGAAUGGCUAUGAUCAUCCGCACAUCAUGGCCGGCCAGGGUACUAUUGGCUUGGAGAUACUGGAACAGGUGCCCGAACCGGAUGCAGUGGUGGUGCCGGUGGGUGGCGGUGGACUGAUUGCUGGUAUUGCCACAGCUGUCAAGGCCUUGUCCCCCAAAACCAAGAUUAUUGGUGUGGAGUCGGAGAAGUGCGCCAGCUUCACCCGGGCCAUGGAAAACGACGGACCCAUUCACACGCCCAUCAAGAACACAUUGGCUGAUGGCUUGGCCGUUCCCAAAGUUGGCUAUAAUGCCUAUGCCACCGCCAUGCCGCUAAUAGAUCGCAUGGUGGUGGUCAAGGAGGAGUGGAUCGCAGUGGCUAUCCUCAGGCUGGUGGAGGAGGAGAAAUGCGUCGUCGAGGGAGCGGGUGGUGCUGGACUAGCGGCCAUUUUGGCCGGACACCUGAAUGAGCUCAAGGGAAAGAAAGUUGUGGUGCUUCUGUGUGGAGGAAACAUAGACACCACCGUGUUUGGACGUUGUUUGGAGCGAGGCUUGGCCGCCGUGGGGCGCCUGGUCAAGUUCAAUGUGGAGGUGAGCGAUCGUCCUGGCGGCAUCAACGAUCUGUGCGCCCUGCUGGUCCGCGUGGGCGUGUCCAUCAAGGACAUCAUGCACGAGAGAGCCUGGCUGCGGGAUAUCUACACCGUGGAGGUGAAGGUCGUGUGCGAAACCGUUGACUGGAGCCACAGUCUGGAGCUGAAGAACGAGCUGAAGAAGUUCUACUCGAAAGUUCAGUUCUCCGAUGUGCCGCUGGCCCUUACAAAUGAUUGCGAUCCGUAGGAUACUCUUCUGUAUAUAUAUUUAUAUAUAUAAAGUACACAUAUGAUUUAUUCACUUCAGCAGCGCAGCAAAACUUAAAGCUUUAACUUAGAGCGUAGUUGUAUUACAGUAAACAUAAUCGUAUCGAAGUAGAAAUGUAAAUUAGGUGUAAAUAAAUAUACAUAGAAUACAAA